CGGCUGGUGCUGCCCCUCGGCCGCCGUGGAACACGCAUCCGCACCGCCCGGCCGGUGCUCUCCGCGCUGCUCUCCUCUUGCCUCUGCCGCUCUCAUUUGUUUUAAUUUUUUUUUUCGCCCUCCUCCCCUCCCAUCUUUUGGGCGCUUCCCCUCUCGCCCGCCCGCCCGGCGGGCUGCCUCCGCGGGCGCGCAGCGCGGGGCCAUGCCGCCGGGGCCGCCGCUGCUUCGGGGCUCCCUCCUCCUCCUCCUCCUCUUUCUCCUGCACUUCCUCGGAGCCCCGGCCCGCGGAGCCGUCUACACCAACCAUUUCUUGGUGGAGCUGCACGACGGGGGCCAGGCGGAGGCCGAGCGGGUAGCGGCGGAGCACGGCUUCGGUGGCGUGCGGAAGCUCCCUUUUUUAGAAUCUGGAUACUUUUUUUAUCACAAUGGCCUUGCUAAAGCCAGGAGAAGACGCAGCCUUCAACACAAGCUUCGUCUGGAAAAGGACUCCAGGGUGAGGAAAGCUGUGCAACAGGAGGGCUUCAUCAGAAGGAAGAGAGGCUAUAGAGACAUCAAUGACAUUGACAUCAACAUGAAUGAUCCUUUAUUUACAAAGCAGUGGUACCUGAUUAACACUGGUCAAGCAGAUGGGACUCCUGGACUUGACCUUAAUGUAGCUGAAGCAUGGGAGCUGGGAUACACAGGGAAGGGAGUAACCAUAGGAAUUAUGGAUGAUGGAAUUGAUUAUCUGCAUCCAGAUCUUGCAUCAAACUACAAUGCCAAAGCCAGCUACGACUUCAGCAGCAAUGAUCCCUACCCCUAUCCCCGCUAUACGGAUGACUGGUUUAACAGCCACGGGACAAGGUGUGCAGGAGAGGUGUCUGCUGCUGCCAACAACAACAUCUGCGGCGUGGGAGUUGCGUACAACUCCAAAGUGGCAGGUAUUCGCAUGCUCGACCAGCCGUUUAUGACAGACAUUAUUGAGGCUUCCUCCAUCAGUCACAUGCCUCAGGUCAUAGAUAUAUAUAGUGCCAGCUGGGGACCAACUGAUAAUGGGAAGACUGUGGAUGGACCUAGAGAGUUAACACUGCAAGCAAUGGCAGAUGGUGUGAAUAAGGGCCGGGGUGGAAAAGGCAGCAUCUAUGUCUGGGCCUCUGGAGAUGGAGGCAGCUAUGAUGACUGUAACUGUGAUGGUUAUGCAUCGAGCAUGUGGACAAUCUCCAUCAAUUCUGCCAUAAACGAUGGACGGACAGCUCUGUAUGAUGAAAGCUGCUCUUCAACCUUAGCUUCCACCUUUAGUAAUGGGAGGAAGAGAAAUCCAGAGGCUGGUGUGGCUACAACAGAUUUGUAUGGCAACUGCACCCUGCGUCAUUCAGGCACGUCUGCAGCUGCCCCUGAAGCAGCCGGAGUGUUCGCCCUGGCCCUGGAGGCUAACUUGCAUCUGACAUGGAGAGACAUGCAGCAUCUGACAGUGCUCACCUCCAAGAGGAACCAGCUUCAUGACGAGGUUCACAGGUGGCGUAGGAACGGCGUUGGGCUGGAGUUCAACCAUUUGUUUGGCUAUGGUGUCCUAGAUGCAGGAGCCAUGGUUAAGAUGGCAAAAGACUGGAAGACUGUUCCUGAGAGAUUCCAUUGUGUUGGAGGGUCAAUACAGGAACCUGAAAAGAUACCACCAAGUGGCAAACUGUUCCUCACGCUGACAACCGAUGCGUGUGAGGGGAAGGAGAACUUUGUGCGGUACCUCGAACACGUGCAGGCAGUUAUAACCGUGAAUUCCACUCGGCGAGGAGACCUCAACAUCAACAUGACCUCACCAAUGGGAACAAAGUCCAUUUUGCUGAGCCGGCGCCCCAGGGAUGAUGACUCCAAGGUGGGUUUUGACAAAUGGCCUUUCAUGACGACUCACACCUGGGGAGAAGACCCCCGAGGCACCUGGGCUCUGGAGAUUGGCUUUGUUGGCAGCCAGCCCCAGCGGGGUGUGCUGAAGGAGUGGACACUGAUGCUGCAUGGGACUCAGAGUGCCCCGUAUAUAGACCAAAUCGUAAAAGAUUAUCAGUCCAAACUGGCCAUGUCCAAGAAGGAAGAGCUGGAGGAAGAGUUAGAUGAAGCAGUGGAGAGAAGCCUGAAGAGUAUACUGAGCAAGAAGUAGUGCUGUGUUGCAUGACGGUGUCUUUCCUUCCCCACACCCCUCUACUCACCGUUCUACUAUCCAAACUUCUGUGUUAGACGUAUUACAAUGAUUGUCUCUGUAGACAAAUUAUCACCCUUUCUUGAUUUUAAAGUCUUAUAUCUCGUCAGUAAUUACUUUAAUUGCCACUGAAGCAGUCCAUUUUUUAUCUCUAAACCACAAAAUAUACUCCCACCAAAUACUAUGUACAGUUUGUGACUGUAAAUGAUGAUUUUUCUUUUGUGUCAUACAAAUAGGUAAUAACCUGCAAAGAAGUUAAUGGCUUUUCCCUUCAUAUUUCUGUGGUAAAUGUUUGUAUUAAAAAAAGAGUGAAUUUUAACACUGGAAGUUGGUGAUAAUUGAGCACAUUUUAAAAAAUGACUGCAAGAGAGGGAAUCACAAAGAGGUUGUCUGGAGAGGUCUUUGAACAUGCUCCUUCUGCAUCACUGACUUCAGUGGGACUUCCUCCAUUGGGUUCAACCAAAGUACAACUAGACCCCACAAAAAGAAAUAAUCCAGAGAUAAGGAAAAUUCACCAAUCUGAUUUGCAGAAAUCCAAUUCUUUUGAGAGUUUUAUUGCAUCGUACAGUUACACUACAUACACACUUCAGCUACAGGAUGGAUCAACAGAUAUGCAAUAAGGAAGGCAAAACGAUGCCAAAGCUGGGUGGCAGGGAGAAGUGAUUUGCAAACCAGGUCAGGGCCUUCUAGAAGCACAAGUCCCAGUUUUGCUGGAGUUCUUUUUUAGUUUGGUUGUUUUGGGGAUUCUUUUCCUGUUGUUGUUUUUUUGUUUUGUAAUUUUGGCAAUUUAAAUCAAUUUACCAUCUCACAGCAGAACAAGCACAUGGGAUGAGCUGUAGGAUUUCUGGCAGCUUGUGUGCACCUGCUGGUUUCUCUACUGAGAUGUUCUCCAGCACUGUAAAAUGAGGCUGUGUCAGCAUUACGAACCACAGACACCUGUUUUCUGGGGUUUGCAACCCAGCUGCCAGUAAACUGCUGUGGGGAAAAUUUGAAGCACACAGUUUCAGUCCCAAAGCAAUUUUUAAUUUAAUUUUUUUUAAAGCUAUAUAUUUGCUGGUAUUAUGUUAUACAAAUAUAUUUAAGGAGAAAAAUAUGCUGAAGUUAUUAAAGUGUAAUGCAAUGUUGGCCUUCUUGAGAAAUAAAAUGUAGUAUAUUUGGGAAGA